AUUGAGCCAUUUUCCAUAGAAACUAAAAUAAUUGUUGGAGGAGCCACGAUAAGGUUUCAAAUCUAAAAACAGGCAUGCUGUGGGUCUGUUUUUCAAAAUCGAUGGAAUAACAAAUAAGGAUGAUUCUCUACUAAUUUUUUAAUUUUUACUACCAGCGUUAGUGGUGCAGUGCACAGUGAAAUGGAUAAAGUGAUCAAGGACUAGCUAUUCAGUUUUACUUCCAAUCAGCAGUCAGAUGGUUUAACGUUUACACAAGUGUGAGCUGCAGCAGACAUCUAAGUUGUUUUUGAUGUGCAUAAAUUGGAUAAACAUUAAGCUCGUGGAGAGCUCUGACGUCAGCUAAAAAUGUACUGUUGUUGUUUACCAGUGACGUUUACGAUGGAAUAAACAUGUUGUCAUCUGUACCUGUCACCAGGCAAUACCAGUUACCUUCAGGUGUAAUCUGGAACGUACAGAUGUCAAGGCACCUUACAUGCUCUAACUAAUUUAUGUCCUCUUAUAUUUAGCACACGAAGUAUGAUUAAACUUUCAUUUGAAAGCAUGUGAUUGAAAAGCACACACAAUUAUAACCAAGCUUGUUGCAAGAACAAAAACAAAAACGAAAAGAAGUAUAUAUUUUUAUGUGUUUGUUACAGAAGCCAAAUAUAGCCGUUUUCCACACUAUACGACAAGCUAAACUGCUGCAUUUGCACUAUAUUUUAUUUUAAGGAUAUCUCUGCACGUUAUUACCUCAAAACACAUUUAAAUGAAUUAGCUUAAGACAAAUUUACGACAACGGGACAAGUACUUGAAUGCAGCAUCAGUUUGCCCAGUUACAGAUUCGAGCUCGCUGCUCACGUGGUAUGCAUAUUUCCAUAUGAUUGGUUGACUCGAACCGGAGUAGUUGUUUUUCUUGUGAAUCCGGAAGCUUGCAUCUCAAAUUGGGCGUGUAUUAUCACGUCGAAAGAGAACUAAAUAAUUGUUUUUCUAGCGUACGGGUCUCUUAGAAAGACGACUCAACUUUAACGACCAGCGUUCAACACAAAGCUUUACAUUUAAUCACAGAAGAUAAUUGGAAUUCCCCAGCUGCUGAAUGGUCUGUGACCUCUGCACAGAUGGCCCUGGAGGAGCGGACACGAAGCAGUCUGCUGCGCUUACGCCUCAAGCUGGAGCAGGACAUCAAACCCCAGUAUCUCAUGGACCACAUGAUCAGUGAUGGUGUGAUAACACUGGAUGAGGAAGAGAAGAUCAGGAUUCAGCCCACCAGAAAAGACCAGGCUGCAGCACUGAUUGAGUUGUUGCUCAAGAGAGACAACUGUUGCUUUAUUUCUUUCUACAACGCGCUGGUUAAAGAAACAUAUGACGAUCUGGCCAAACUGCUGUAUGCAGACCUACCGGAUGUCUCACGCGAUGGACGUAAGAGCUCCGCUGAGAGCUCCAUAUCUUCUGUCCAGAUUGUGCUUAGUGAAGGCGGAGUCCCACAGAGGCCUGUGGUGUUUGUCAGCAGGCCAGAGUUGCUGAAUCAGGUCAGGAAGAAACUUUAUUUGCUCCAGGAAGAUGCUGGUGGCUGGGUUACAGUCUUUGGUAUGGCUGCGUCAGGAAAGUCUGUGCUCGCCGCUGAGGCCGUUAGAGACCAUGGACUCAUCCAAGACUGUUUUCCUCAGGGGGUUCACUGGCUGUCCAUCGGUCAGCUAGACAAACCAGACCUACUGGUGAAGGUCCAGUCAUUGUGUUUUCGUCUGGAUCAGAACCUGGAUUCCCAGUCGCACCAGCGGCCGCCCACCUCCCUGGAUGAAGCAAAGGAGCGCCUGCGCUUCUUGAUGCUGCGCAGGUAUCCCAGAUCUCUGCUCAUUCUUGAUGACAUCUGGGAUAGCUCAGUGCUGAAAGUGUUUGAUAUUCACUGCCGAAUUCUUCUGACCACCAGAAAUAGAAGCCUUGCUGAUUCUGUUAGCGGACCCAAAUAUGAGGUGGAAGUAGAAAGUCGUCUGGAUGAUAAAAAGGCGCUGGAGAUCCUGGCCCUGUACACAAAAAAGAAUCCAAGCAUGUUACCUGAGGAGGCUCGCAGCAUUGUUAGGGAAUGUAAAGGCUCUCCUCUGGUGGUUUCUCUGAUCGGCGCUCUGCUCAAUGAGAAACCCAACCGUUGGCCUUACUACCUCCGCCAGCUUCAGCAGAAGCAGUUUAAGCGCAUCAGGAAGUCGUCGUCUUACGACUACGAUGCCUUGGAUCAGGCCAUGGCUGCAAGCAUCGAGGUUUUACCAGAUGAGCAUCGGGAGCUCUACAAAGACCUGACUGUGCUGGAAAACGACGUCAAAAUUCCUGCUAAGGUGCUGUGUGUUUUGUGGGAUCUGGAGCCAGAGGAGGUGGAGGACAUUCUCCAAGAGUUCGUCAACAGGUCUCUGCUUUUUGUAGACUGCAACAGCAAACCCAAUCUGUACUACCUUCAUGACCUCCAGCUGGACUUCCUGGCAGAGCAGAACCGAGAUCAGAUAGAGAGUCUUCACGGUAAGGUGGUGCGCCAGUACCAGCAUCACUACAGAGAGGCUUCUCCCGUGUCUGGAGAUAAGGAAUGCCUUUAUUGGAUCAGAUUUCUGCCCUAUCACAUGGCCAAAGCCAACAUGUCCCAGGAGCUCUACUCGCUCAUGUUGUCGCUGGACUGGGUCAGCAUCAAGGCAAAGAUAAUGGGUACAGCCCACCUCAUCAAUGACUAUGUGGAGUACGGACCCAUUCUGGACAAAGAGAACAGUGAACUGCGCAGCCAGUUCCAGGAGUUUCUGUCGCUGAGCGGCCACCACCUGGAACAGCGUCCUUUCCCUGACGUCUUGCAGCUCGCUCUGUCUCAGCCACACUCUUCGGGGGUCUACAGACAAGCUCGGCAGCAGGCACUAAACAGGGCCAAUAGGGGGAAGCUUUACUUCGAAUUAAUAAAUAAGAGCAGUGUAGAAAAUCUGUCCCGUUUGGUGAUCCACCCUCACCAGGGCUCCAUCUACUCCGCCCGCUUCUCCCACGAUGGGACCAAAGUCGCUUCUUGUGGAGCCAGCAAGACACUGAAGGUAUUUAAAAGUACCUCAGGUGAGAAGCUCACAGAGAUCCAGGCCCACGAUGAUGAAGUGCUCUGCUGUGCCUUCUCCCCUGAUGACCAUCUUAUAGCAACCUGCUCAAGUGACAGAAAAGUCAAGGUCUGGAACAUAGAGCAAGGCAAGCUGCUGAGGGUCUUUGAAGACGAACAUGAGGAGCAGGUCAACCACUGUGAGUUUACUAACACAGUACGGCGCCUCCUACUGGCCACGUGCUCCAACGACAGCUGCUUAAAUGUCAAGAUUUGGAAUUUGAACAAGCCGUCCUCCCAGAACACCAUGUUUGGUCACUUUAAGCCGGUGAACCACUGCUGUUUCUCCCCUGAUGAUAGUUAUUUGUCCACUUCCUCCAAUGACGGCACCGUUAAGUUGUUCCAGGUGUCGACAGCCAACGAGUGGAAGACAAUCGAUGUGAAGACCUUCUUUUCAGAAAGCGACGAUGAGGAGGUUCUUGUCAAGUGCAGCACCUGGACCGCUGACGGCACGCGGAUCAUAUGCGCCGCCAGAAAUGCUGCUUUGGUGUUUGAUGUCCAGACGUCGGACAUGUUGCUGGAGAUUAAGACGAAUCGUCUGAGCACGGUGCAAUACUGUCACACCUGUCCUACCAGUAACCUGCUGGCACUAGCAUUCUCAAAUUAUGCUGUGGAGCUGUGGGAUCUUGAAGAAAACAAGAAGAGGGCCGACUGCAGCGGCCACCUGAGCUGGGUCCAACGUGUUCAGUUCUCUAAUGACGGCUCACAGCUGCUCUCCUGCUCCGACGACCAGACAGUCAGGCUAUGGGAGACCGAGAAGGUCCACACAUCCUCAGCCAUCUGUCUGAAGAGAGAUUCAGACGUUCUCUUUAAUGAAGAGGAAAUCAUCGUGUCAGCUGCAGACAACUGCAACAGACUCCAGGUGCGGGAUGGCAGAACAGGGUCCGUGCGGUUCCAGUCAGAGGAGUUGCCGUUUAGGAUCCGGUGUACUUGUAUGUGCAGGAAUCCGUCUGCAGUGUCUCUGGGACAAGAGAACGGAAAUGUGCAGGUGUUGGAGCUGCCCUCUGGGAAGCUUUUAGCCACUCUGCUGGGACACACUAAGACUGUGCUUCACUGCCAGUUCUGCCAGAACGGACAAACACUCAUCACCUCAUCCGAGGACACCACCAUCAGGGUGUGGAAGUGGAAAUCAGGUGAAUGUAAAGUACUUCGGGGUCACAAGGAGCAAGUUCGGUGCUUCUCUUUGCUCUCCGACUCAACAAAUGACUCAAAACUGCUCUCCUGGUCCUUUGAUGGAACUGUGAAGGUGUGGGACAUUGAGAGCGGGGAGAGGCUACAGGACAUCGAGGCUCAUCAGGGAGCCAUUCUGUCCUGUCACGUCUCGCUAGACAGAUGUCUCUUUGCAACCACCUCUGCUGACAAGACCGCUAAGUUGUGGAGCUGCGAUACGUGGCAGUGUGCCUUCACGCUGACUGGCCACCAAGAGUGUGUCAGAUGCUGCCGGUUCUCCUGGGAUAGCAAACGCCUCGCCACAGGAGACGACAACGGAGAGAUCCGGAUCUGGGGUGUUAAAGAUGGCUCUUUACUGAAGAUCUGUUCCAGGGAAAGUAAAGAUGGUAUGGACUCUCUACAUGGAGGCUGGGUGACUGAUCUGCACUUCUCCCCAAACAACUCUGUGCUCGUUUCAACCGGAGGCUAUAUCAAGUGGUGGAACGUGGCAAGAGGUGAAGCCCUGCAGACGUUCUAUCCAACAGGAUGCGCUCUCAAGAAAAUCCACGUGUCGCCCGACUUCUCCACCUUUGUCACCAUCGACAACAUCGGCAUCCUCUACAUCCUUAACAGGGUAGCAUGAGGACAAUGCGACCAGGAUCACAAAACAAAUCACUAGUAUCCAGAAAAAUACAGUGUGGCAGCAGGGUCAACUUUACAUGUUCUUUUUUACACUAUUUUCCAACACUCUUUCCAACACUCGCCACUAACAGGAAAAUAUUGCAUUAUAAUCAAGCACUUAAAGUUCUCUGGGACUAAAUGACUCUGCUGUUGUGAUUAGAGAUGCACCAAUCAGUGAAUUAUGGCAGAUUUCCAAAUUCAGGGUUCUGUAAAUUCGAUUAAGAUUUCUCUUCAAAUAUUUCUUUCUUGCAAUCAGUAAUUACUCUUAUUAGGACCAGAGGCAGUGCUGCAAAACAAGAUUUCUUUAGUUUUUAAUGCAAACAAAAUGAUUUCUUUAGCAUCUUACAUCAGCGAUAAGUGUGGUUAGCAUUGCUAAAUCUAAACGUCCCGGUGUGUACUCCCUAGAGGAUGUAGAUCCUUACCUUAAGUGAGAGAUUUCCAAAAGCUGACCAACAUUUUCUAGCCCAGCAAGUUCCAUAACAAACAGAAAUUAAAAGCUCAAAAGAAUUAAAAAAAACGCAACUUUGCUGCUGAAGUCUGCUCGUUCCAUCCCCAAGGCACAAGGAGCACAGCGAUUGGCACCUGCAGAAGUAAGGCAGAAUUAAGAGCUGAAAUGCUUCUGUAAAAAAACUAUACAGUUUCCUUUGGAAUGGCUUCUUCCAUCUCUGUGCCUUCUCUAACUUUCACACUGAAGUGUGUUGUGAGCCUGGAAGCACUUAUGUAUGGUGCAUUCACUGAUCAUAAAAAGAUCAGAAUUUUGAUUUUCCAGCCCCUCAGCUAAGGUGAAAAUAAUUGGAUUCUGAUCACCAGCUGUCUUGUGGGUACAUCUCUGGUUGUGACCAUGUUACACUUUAAAGUAAAAUAGUUCCAGGAACAUUUCUGGAACCUCUGAAACAAAUCUGGAAAAAACACUUUGUCAACAUUGGUAUUAAAAACCAUGUGCUUCAUGCAUCAGUUUAACUGUGAAUAAUAAAUAUUUCUCAAUUUUGCAUUAUAUUAGAAUAUGAUUGCAUAUGGUGUGGGAAACUUGGUGUCUAAGCAAUCUUUGUGACCUUUCUUGCAUGUCAUUAAAUGCAUUUGACUGGAAAUGGUUUCAGAUUAUUCAUACAUGCAUAACUGAGUAAAUCUUCAUCUCUAAACUUGAUCUGUAUAGUAUCUGUAUAUCUGUAAGUGUUGUUUUUUUAUCUAUUGAGUUCCACUGCAGCCUUAGUCUUAAAGAAAAUUAUCGCCAAAACAGGAACAUGUUUGUAUAAACUGAUUCUUCCAUUUUAAGUCCACCAGCACAUAUUUGGUGCAAUUUGAUGUGCAUUAAUAAUAAAUGACAUGAAGUUUUUAUGACUUACACAUUUAAAAUUGUAUCCAGUCAAAGCCAAGGAGACCAUCUGUACUUUGAAAGUGUUUGUUCUUUUGUGUUUAGAUCAAAGGUAAAUAUUUUAUACAGGAGGAAAAAACAAACGUGAUUUAUAAUUUAUAAGGACAUUUCCGCUUGUGAUUCAUGCUGUGCUUUUAUAAGGUUUUCCACCAGUUUGUCAGCACUGAAUCCCACUUUUCUAUGCCUCUUUUUAUGCCUUUUCUUGUUCAGAUCACUUUGAAGCGGGAGUUACAAUCUUUCAGGAAGCCUUUCUAUAAGGAUACCUUUAGACCGUUAAACUCACUACAAUACCCGCUUAUUCUUAGGUGCGUAAUGUUUUCUAGCUGUAUUUUAUUAUCAAACCUUUUCCAUAUCACCGACGUUGAUGCAGAAUCCAGGUUUCUUUUUGGAUGACUUUAGAUGUACAAACAAAAAAAAUGAAUGAUUGCAUUUCAACAUUUCUUAAUGAUGCUGUUGCCUUUUUCAUAAACCAUGCCACCUGAUUGGUGCUAUGAAAGUUUGAUCUGGGUUUGUUUUUCCAGUAAGUACCACAGAUUUCUACACAUCGUGAUCCAGAGUCAGCAUGUAUUGAUAGUGUUUAUUGGUGUGGUGCUGUGAGGGUAAUUUAUUCAGCAUUAAACCAUAUUAAUUGUU